AAGAUCGAGACGGUACACGAAACAUUUGUCGAUUGGCCAUUUGCGAUUAUGUAAUGAGAACAUAUAUAGUCUGACCGGAUAUUGUCGCUAUUCGACGUAUGGUGAAGCGAGAGUGUCUGCUCGUUCUUUGUUAUACUUUGUCAUCUUGGAUCGACAUUUCUGACCUGAUGUGACUUCUAUCUACCACGACCUUUCCUUUUUCGACCUUUACCUAAUGUUUUGCAUCGUUGUCUUUCCUCUUGUUCACUUACUUCACUUUGUCCACUUUCCACUUCAUUCUGUACCUUGGAGGUGGAAGGGGAUUCUCGUCUGGUUCGGCUAUGAUGUUAUUGUCUGUACGCCUCUGUAUUGUCUUCUUCAGUUUCAUGGCAGCAUGUUUUGGGAUUCCUUAUACGCCCUCCAUACUUUUUGCUUCACUAUUUGCGUCAGCCUUGGGGUUGCACAUACUACGGAUUUUCUUUCUUGUCAUUGUCCACUUCCUUUACGUUAAACGACGUAUAAGCAAGAUCAAAGUCGAAAACACCACCAAACUUAAUGGCUUUGAUUUUGUUCUUUUUCUCUUCUACUUAUUUGACUUUUCACUUUCAACCAAACCUGCCAUUGAAGACAACUCGAUUUACUGGGGGACAGCGCGCAGGUCACUUGAGCUGCUAACUGAAAAUUUCUCGUUUUAUAUCCUUGAUGCUUUCUUUUUGCUCUUUUCCUUUUUUCUAGAUACAGGCGAAUUGAUCUUUUGUAUGUCUUCUAAAAACUACAAGACAAUUUCUUAUAUUUCGAAUCCAUACGGACAGACUAGUAUGUAAGCACCUAGCCUUGAUCAUACUUUCAGCGUCUGGCAACGUCCCGGACCGGAAUGACUA